AUGACCGACGUAAUGAUUUUGACUGAUGGGCGAUAUGGUCAAACCGAACCGAAAGUCGAUGCUCCUCGACUCAAAAAAAUUAUAAAUGGACGAUUGAUUCGUGAUCAUGAAAUAAUAGACAAUGAUGUUCUUUAUAUAUGCAAUGGGAAAAUUCUCAAUCCACAAGAUUGCUUUUUUUCUUCCGGAAAAUUGCCUAAUGAAAUAAUUGACGCCGAAGGAUUAUUGAUAGCACCAGGGUUUAUCGACAUACAAAUUAAUGGUGCGUUUGGAGUAGAUUUUUCAGAAUGGCGGGAAGAGGAUCAUAUAAAAAACGGUUUGGAUAAGGUUUCGAAAGGAUUGUUGAAUUAUGGUUGCACGAGUUUUCUUCCAACGUUGAUUAGUUCGAAGCCUGAACUAUAUCACAAGGUUCUUCCACUUAUCAAACCUCGUAAAGGAAAUAUAAAUCAAGGGGCAGAAAUUCUUGGUGCACAUCUCGAAGGUCCAUUCAUUGCUUCAAAUCAAUAUGGAGCACAUGAUUUAUUGAAUGUUCGAACUGCGCCAAAUGGUUUCAGCGAUUUCGUGGACAUGUAUGGGUUAUCAUGUAGUAGUGAGGGAAACGAUGAAAAUCAAAAUAUUAAGUUAAUAACUGUCGCUCCCGACGUGGAAGGAGUUUUGGAUAGUAUAAAACAAUUGAUUAAGAUCGGGAUUACAGUCAGCAUAGUUGCUCAAGCAGAAGAAGCCAUUAAAAGAGGAGCUAAUUGCAUAACGCAUUUAUUUAACGCCAUGCAACAAUUUCAUCAUAGAGACCCAGGAAUUAUUGGUAUGUUAGGUACUAAUUAUCCUCGACCAUAUUAUGGAAUAAUUUGUGAUGGUAUCCAUGUCCAUCCCAAUUCUAUAAAGAUUGCCUAUGACUCUCAUCCUCGGGGAGCUAUUCUUAUUACUGAUGCCAUGGAAGCUAUGGGAUUACCACCAGGUGAUUAUACUUUGGGUGAUGUUCCAGUUCGUAAAUCUGGGAAAAAAGUGGAAGUUAUAGAAAAUGGUAAAUUAGCUGGAUCAGUUCUCACCAUGGAUGAAUGUGUGAGAAAUUUUAAAAAAUUUACGGGAUGUUCAAUUGUUGAAGCUAUAGAAGCAGCAACUUUACAUCCCGCGGAACUUUUGGGUAUUGAUAAUGUUAAAGGUACUCUUUAUCCGGGUGCAGAUGCGGAUUUGGUUUUCUUGGAUGAUGAUCUUAGAAUUGUUAAGUGUUUUAUAGCUGGAAUAGAACCUGCUGAAGAUGCACUUCAAAAAAGGAAUUCUAUAUGGGAUAUCAAAAAUAAUUGGGCUCCAAAUAAUUAUGAUGGCGGAGUAUAG